GUGAGACAACAGCCGGCCAAACGGUAGACGGCUGAGCCUAGCCCUAGUCUUAUCAAUCAGCCCCACCUUAGUCAGCGCCGCAAUCGUCACAAAAUCUCGCGAUCGGCAAGAAACAGGAAGUUAAACCCCUCGAUCCUCACGAGCGCUACCAUUGACUCCCAAUUCAACACGGGAACCCUUGAUUCAACGUCAGAAUGGACUUCAUCCUUACCCUCUCCUGCCCUGACCGUCGGGGAAUCGUGCAUGCCGUGACCGCCUUCCUGGUCCAGCAUAAACUGAAUAUCAUUGACUCAUCGCAAUUCGGCGACACCACCUCCCAGCGCUUCUUCAUGCGCACACACUUCAAGGCUGAAACCUCGGAAGAUGUUCCCCAGAAGACCAUUGAGGAGCUGCGCGAGGCCUUUGAGCCCACCGCCAAGUCCCUCUCCAUGGACUUCCAGCUUGUCCCCGCCACCCAGAAGCCCCGCGUACUCAUUAUGGUCUCCAAGAUCGGCCACUGCCUCAAUGACCUUCUCUUCCGUACCUCCACCGGCCAACUCGCCAUCGAUAUCCCACUAAUCGUCUCCAACCACCCGGACUUCGCCACCCUCGCUGCCACCUACAACAUUCCCUUCAUUCACCUCCCCGUCACCGCCGCCACCAAGCCCCAGCAGGAAGGCCGCAUCCUGGAGCUCAUCAAGGAGCACAACAUCGACCUGGUCGUCCUGGCGCGCUACAUGCAGGUGCUCUCCCCGACGCUCUGCGAGGCUAUGUCCGGCCGCAUUAUCAAUAUCCACCACUCCUUCCUCCCCUCCUUCAAGGGUGCCAAGCCCUACCAUCAGGCCUACGAUCGCGGCGUGAAGAUCAUCGGUGCCACCGCACACUUUGUCACUAGCGACCUUGACGAGGGUCCGAUCAUCGAGCAGAACGUCGUCCGUGUCAACCAUGGCAUGAGCCCCAAGGAGCUCACACACGCCGGAAGCAACGUCGAGAGCAACGUGCUAGCCGCCGCCGUGAAAUACUUCUCCGAGCGCAGAGUCCUGCUUAACGGCCACAAGACGGUGGUCUUCAACUAAAUGCGUCUCACAUAUGUAUUUAUCAUUUAUAUAAAAAAGUUAGAUAGACGGAUGGAUAUAAAUAAACGUUGGCCUCUUUAUCAUAAAAAGAAAA